UUCAUUAAAUAGAGCCUCCGCCCUUCAUAACAUCAGAAUUUUGUGUCCUAUCAUUGCAAUUUAUGCUAUUAAUACAUACAGGCAGCCAGCAAGAUURUUCAUCACUGGCGGUAAAGAACUUGUGUCAGCCGAAGGUACAACGCAAGGUGACCCGAUCGCUAUGGGAAUAUACGCAUUAAGCAUGCAACACCUCAUCACUACUCUGCAAUCUAUAUCCGAAGCCAAACAAUGCUGGKUUGCAGACGACGCAAGUGGAAUUGGAACUACACAUGAUAUCAAAAGAUGGUGGGACACAYUCAACGAAUAUGGMCCAGGCUUCGGCUAUUUUCCAAACGCUGUGCURGAUCAUUGUAAAACCUGCRACCUGGACCUGGUUAGAGAAACAUUUAAGGACACYGUCAUCAAUAUUACAACAGAGGGACAUCGACACCUAGGAGCAGCUUUGGGUUCAAGAUCCUUUCUGAAUGAAUAUAUCUCAGAAAAAGUAGAGUGCUGGGUUAACGAAGUUACCAAGUUAGCURAAUUUGCACUAUCACAGCCCCAAGCUUGCUUUGCUGCUUAUUCCUUUGGAUUAAAACAUCGCUGGACAUACUUUCUUCGAACAUUACCAGACAUUCAAGACCUMYUAAAGCCACUAGAGGAAGCCAUUGCCAAAGUACUUAUUCCAUCGAUCACAGACCAUGCGUGCGAUGAAAACGAUCGCAGCGUCCUAGCUCUGCYACCGCGUCAUGGUGGUCUCGGUAUCACCAACCCAUGCACUAACGCGACACGUGAAUACGCAGCAUCGCUCAAAGUGACGGCUCCUCUUGUUGGAAGGAUUGUUGCGCAAUUACACGAUCUUCCAGA